AGCAGACAUUGCUUGAUGGACAGGAAGCAAUCCUUUUUCCCGACAGGACAGGAGGAGGAGGAGGAAAAGAAGCCGGAGGAGGAGAAAAAGAGGCGGAGGAGGAGGGCCGUCUUUGCUUUUAUCCCCGCCUUUCCUUCCAAGCGGCGGAAUUGCCAUUGGUGGAGCCUGGCUGUUUUAUCUGCCGACGCCUGGGAGAAAACCUGUUUAAAUAGGCUGGGACUACUUUGCAAUUUAGAUCCAAAGGCUGCAGAGCGAAGAGACUGCCACACUCUUUGCUAUCUUUCUUCAGGCAGGUGCCUGAAUGAAAAGAUGUGCAGGAUAUCAACAGUUUUGCUGGCAUUGCUGAGCCUGAGCUUGAUGCUAGAACUAGGCAGCGCCCAUCAGCGAUGGAGUUUGCUCCGAAUCAUUUUCAAAACAAUAAAGUAUGGCGAGUCAUCAGGAGGAGACCCCGGACAACCUCUGUUUCUGACUCCUUACAUUGAAAGUGGCAGAACUGAGGAAGGAAGGCAGUUAAGUUUGGUGGGCUCUUUGCCAGGAGCUAAUGUGAAGAGCUAUUCAGGCUACCUGACUGUCAACAAGACUCACAAUAGCAACCUUUUCUUCUGGUUUUUCCCUGCUCAGGUACAGCCAGAGAAUGCCCCAGUUCUGCUUUGGCUGCAAGGCGGACCUGGAGGAACAUCUAUGUUUGGCCUCUUUGUUGAGCAUGGGCCGUAUCUCGUCCACAAGAAUCUCACAUUGUCUGAACGAAAAUUUCCGUGGACAUCUAAGUUUUCCAUGCUCUACAUUGACAACCCGGUUGGAACUGGCUUCAGUUUUACAAAUGACGAUAGAGGAUAUGCAGAAAACCAAGAUGAUGUUGGAAGAGAUUUAUAUAGUGCCCUUGUCCAGUUUUUCCAGCUCUUUCCUGAUUAUCAGAAAAAUGACUUCUAUGCAACAGGAGAAUCUUAUGCAGGAAAGUAUGUGCCUGCCAUCGGUUACUAUAUUCAUACUCAUAACCCUACAGCGAAGAUUAAGAUUAACUUCAAGGGUAUUGCCAUUGGAGAUGGUCUCUGUGACCCUGAAUUGAUGUUGGGUGGCUAUCCACAGUUCUUGUAUCAAAUUGGCUUGGUGGAUGAGACGCAGAGGGAUUAUAUUGAGAAUCAGACAGAGCUGGGAGUAAUCUAUAUCAAGCAGAAGAAAUGGCGUGAAGCCUUUGAAGUAUUUGAUUUUCUGUUGAAUGGUGAUCAGACAGAAAGUCCUCCCUACGUUCAGAAUGUUACCGGAUGUAGCAACUACUUCAACUUUCUGCAAUGCCAGGAGCCUGAAGAUCAGGAAUAUUUUGGAGCGUUCUUGGCAUUGGCAGAAGUAAGGAAAGCUAUUCAUGUUGGAAACCUUACCUUCCAUGAUGGCUCUGAAGUUGAAAAGCAUUUGCUUGAGGAUGUGAUGAAGACAAUAAAGCCUUGGUUGGCUGUCCUAAUGGAUAACUACAGGGUUCUCUUGUACAGUGGACAACUUGAUAUCAUUGUGGCAGCCCCACUGACAGAACGAUUCCUUCCUACUGUGCCAUGGGCCAGAGCAAAAGAAUACAAGAAUGCAGAGAGAUUUGUAUGGAAAAUCUGUUCUAAAGAUCAAGAUGUAGCUGGCUAUGUACGGCAAACAGGUGAAUUCUAUCAGGUCAUUGUUCGAGGUGGAGGGCACAUCUUGCCAUAUGACCAACCAGAAAGAACAUUGGAUAUGAUGAAUAGAUUUAUCUCAGGAAAAGGAUGGAAAUCAAAUGAAAACCUUGCCGAAAACUCAGCUUGAGCACAGCAGACUUCAAAAUUUGUAACAGACCUCACUGACUUAUAGAGAAACUUUGACCAAAAGGUCAAAUCAGUAGCACUGGAGAAUAAAGUAAUAUAAUGUAGUUUAUGUUCUUGCUGCAAAUGUUAAUAAGGUAUACUUUUGGGGGGUGGAGGGUGGGGAGUGGAUCAAACCUUGCUUCAGUUUCAUAAAUAAUAAAAAAAUUACUUCAGUCUA